UAUGUAUUUAAUUUAAAAAUACAUUUUUGUCAGAGAGACAGGUAAGAUAGAAUAGCGGGGAAUCAACGUGCCGCCUCUGCCAAAGUUUCGAUAAAUAUCCCUACUAAAGCACGGCUCUUGACUUAAUAACACACCAACACAUCCAAAUCUGUAUAACCCUCCACCUUUCUUUGCUGAGUUUUCGUCUGCCAUGUCGUCGUCGUCUUCCUUGCCUCUGCAAACUCUAAAAAUAGGCAUCGUCGGUUUUGGUACAUUUGGGCAGUUCCUGGCAAAGACAAUGAUCAAACAAGGCCAUACUACUAGGGCAACUUCUCGGACAGAUUAUUCCCAGCUUUGUCAUCAAUUGGAUGUUCCCUUCUUCAGGGACGUAAUUCCAUUUCUUGAAGCAGAUAAUGAUGUGAUAUUGAUAUGCACGUCAAUCCUAUCUCUAUCGGAGGUGCUCAACUCAAUGCCAUUACGUCGCCUCAAACGCCACACGUUGUUUGUCGAUGUGCUCUCGGUCAAAGAACACCCAAGAAACGUUUUAUUGCAAGUUUUGCCAGAGAAUAUGGACGUGCUCUGCACUCAUCCAAUGUUUGGACCUGAAAGUGGAAAAAAUGGAUGGAAAGAUCUUCCUUUAGUGUAUGAGAAAGUUCGGGUGAGGAAUGAAACUAGGUGCUCCAGCUUCCUACACAUCUUUGAAUCUGAGGGUUGCAGAAUGGUGGAAAUGUCUUGUGAAGAACAUGACAAAGUUGCCGCUAGAAGUCAAUUUCUUUCCCAUUCAAUCGGCAGGAUUUUGGCGGAAAUGGGAAUUGAAUCCACAUCCAUGAACACCAAAAGCUUCGAAACACUUGUUAAAUUGAAGGAGAGCGCCACCAAUGAUAGUUUCGAUCUGUUCAGUGGGUUAUUCAUCCAUAACAGGUUUGCUCAACAAGAGCUGAUGAACCUAGAGCAGUCAUUUGAAAAGGUCAAGCAGAGGCUGCUUAAGAAGAUGAGCGAACAGCAAAGUCUUAGCUCGGUCUAAUGAUGGAUUGGCAUGGACUUUUUGCUAACAAAAACCUUCUAGUAAUUAUCAACUCAGUAGAUUCAUUAUUUUUCUCCAAUUCUAUUCUUUAAUGCAUUGCUAGACUGUCAUGAUGAAUGCAAAAUAUGUAAGUGACCCCACAAGGCAAUGUUCUUGAUGCCAAAACCUACCUUGAGAAAAUUAAUAUGCAAGAGUUCUUAAGCCAACACAACUUGUUUUCGAGAAAAGGUCUCAAAAUAAAGGAUUAGGUUGUUCCUUCUCCAUUUAGAUAAAUUCUAUCAAGUUAUGAUGA